CUUGCUCAGUGCUGAGUACCGAAGGUUCUUCCCACUUCUCCAAGGCGUCAAUGCUUCAAGCCCAACGUUCGAGAGCGUCAUAUUCGAAAACUUGCAGGAAAUCAGCCAGCCAAAAUGUAGUACCACCCUUUCCGAAUCGGUGAUUUUAUCAUGUUUGGCGCUCACCUCCGCAGUCUCUUCCAAACGCAUACGCAGCUUGCAGAUACCAUCGGCCGAUGAAUGGAAUGCGGUUUCAAAGCGGACGCUACAAGGUAACGAGAAAUAACAAGCGACCUUCGGUGCUUCUGUUGCUGUAGAUCUUGCUUCUUGAUGCGUUCAACGAAAAACUAAAAAGAAAAGCAACUCAAAUACUUAUUGUCACCACGCCUUUCGCGGGCGGAUUUUCUUUGGUUUUCUGUCACCGGUUCUGGUGCUGGCAGUUUCUUUCACCGAACCGUGGAACAGAACGCCACAUACAACUUGGCAAGCGAGGGUCGUUUUCGUAGUUUAGUCGUGGAUUCAAUUCAAGGCCAUUGAUAAAUCUUCGGGAAAAGCUGCGCGGAACCCCCGGCUUCCAGCUUGAUAGAUUCAGAUCAUUUAAAAGCUUCCGUCAAGCUCCUAGCGAACCAGUAAGCUGCAUACCCAACUUGAUUAUCCCUAGUAUCAUUCGCCACUCGACAUGUAUUACCUUUCCUCCAUUGCUCUUAUUUUUUUGUCGGCGACUUCUGCCUUGUCAUCACCAGCCUCUGUUGACAGUCCCCCGGACGCUGUUCAGUCCUAUGGCGCCGUCAAUACCAUCGGACUCAAUGGGUCCGGCUGCCCUCCUGGCAGCUGGACGACAACGUUAAGCACCGACCGUUCUUCUGUCUCGGCGGUAUUCAGCCAAUUCACUCCCUCCGUAUCUCUUCAAUCUUUCCGCCAAAACUGCCAGGCUACCAUCGCAGUCACAGUCCCUUCAGGAAAAAAAUUCACAGUAGAUAGCGUCAAAUAUAAUGGCUAUGCUCAACUUGAAUCAAAAGCCAACGUCGUACAUUCAGCAACAGCUUACUUUCAGGCUCAAAGCGACCAAUCAUCCGCUUCGGCAACUUUGAACGGUCCCAUUACCAAAAGCGUAGACCUGAGCAAUUCCUUCUCAAAAUAUAUAUGGAGCCAGUGCGGUGCCACGUCGGUUAUUGUCAACGUCGAUAUCUCUAUUUACCUGGAUGCCUCAGAUGGCGCUGACGGGUUCGCUUCAGUUGACGAUGCAAAGUUUGGACCUUUCAAGCUCCAAGACUGCUAA